AUGUCGACUCCUUCUGGUACUCCCGCAAGUGCCACUAGUGAGGCUCCUAGUGUUUCGAAUGACGCGACCAUGGCGGACGACGAGGAUGUUCCUGUGAACACCCAUUUCGUAGGGGGCGCCUUCCGUUGCGCGCAACACAUCACGCGCUGGAAAGGGCUGAAACGGAAGGACGUCCGUCUUUGCAAGGCGCCUAUCCCUUCUGCUGACCGCGGCGCCGUCCGCAAAUUGUACGAAGGCAAACACGCCCGCAGGGAAGGGAAGAAGAAGGCGGAGGAGAUGGCGAUCGAGGCGUGUGCGGGUGGAGCGAAGAAGCAGUGCAUCGAAGACUUCUACGGGGAAGGGGCGUCGUGUGCGAAGGAAUCGGCAGACGACGCCAUCUGCCUCAUGUGGGCGGCACUUCACCUCCCGGAGCAUCUCGCCGAUCACCCUCUCUGGCGCAACGCUGUGCGCUGCAUCACGGACGCGGGCCAUGGCUACGUUCCCCCGAAGCGGCGGUAUGUUGGUGGCGCCGGCCUUGCGCGUUGCCGCGAAAAGAUCGAGAGGGGGCUCGCUCCCAUCACUGCGAGCUGGAAGCGGGAUGGCGUGACGAUAGGCUCGGACAUGAUGACGGACAAAAGUGGCCGUCCCCAAGCCAACAUCCUGCUCAUCAACGAUUCCGGUGCAGUGUUCACCGAAAGCAUCGACUGUAAGUUGGAGACGAAGACGGGAGGCUACAUUGCAUCCGUUUUGCGCCCGAUCAUUGAGAAGGUGGGGCCCGCCAACAUAGUUGCGUUAUGCAUGGAUGGGGGCAGCAAUUAUGCGGCUGCAUGUAGGGAACUCAUGCUUGAGUAUCCUCACAUUGAGCAUGUGCCGUGCGCUACUCACGUCAUGGAUCUGCUCAUGGAGGACAUUGGGAAAAUGGAUUGGGCGAAGGACAUUGUGGCUAAGGCGGGGGUGAUUAUUACCUUUGUGCGUGCCCACCAUUUCACCAAAGGUUACAUGCGAAGCCCGCAAGUGAAGGGAGGGAAGGGGAAGCAGGUGCUGAAGCCGGCGGGCACCAAAUUUGGCACGCAAUUCAUUGCGGUGCAGCGGCUUUGCGAGGUGCGGAGUGCAUUGACGCAGAUGGUGCUGAGCCCGGAGUGGCAGGCUUGGGCGAAGGGGAGGAAGCCGCCGGUCGAGCCCUUCGAAGCCAUGAUCAUGGAUGCCGUGUGGUGGAAAGGGGCGGAGUUCUUCGUCGCCCUCCUGAAGAUACCCUUUGUCGUCAUGCGCAAGACCGACUCGACGGCCAAGGGCAUGAUGGGCAGGAUGGACGAUCUGAUGCUACAGCUCACGGAAGACAUCAAUGCGAAGCUGGAGGAGGAGGAGGCGGGAUUGGUGCUGUCCAGCAGUGAACGCACGGAGGUGACCAACAUCGUCCAAAAGCGCUGGGACCAUAGCAUGGCGUGUGCCAUGCACGUGGUUGGCCGGAUCCUCAACCCGGUCAACCAAGAGGAAGGCAUCUUCCGCACUGACCUGGAGUGUACUCGCGUCUUCAAAGCGUUUGUCGCUCGUCACUACGCAGGGCGGACCGUCACGCGCAAGGAUGGCGAGGAGCUGCGCGCAUCCCACGUCAUCCAGGACGGCCUGACGGCAUUCAACACCCUUUAG